UAUUAAGUGAUAGACGGUUAUUUGCAUUGCGUUCAUGGGUAGCAUUGCAGAUUAUUACAUCCGUCUAUCAAGAUGAUUCUGAGCCCAAUCUCAUAUUUAGAUUGCUUGGUCUUCUGCGUAUUCCUAGCACCGCAGUUGAUAAUCCAUGUUGGGCUAUUUCAGACGGUGUGGGUGGUUCUAGAGUGCCUACCGUUUUUAUUACUUGAACUUCCCUUCAAGUUCAUUCGUGAGCGCUACCUCAUUGGAUACGAUAAGCAGUCUCCAUUCGUACAAAAAGCAACUCCAUUCGAGGAUUUCGUGAUUCGCUGCGUUCGCUAUGCUUUCGCAAAUAUACCUCCUAACGUUGGAAGAGUGUUCUUUUCUAAGUCGGUGGCGUUGCCAUUUUUGAGAUUCCGGAUCUUACGCCAUGGCUAUCUCAGGUCACCUAUCCACUGGAAUGAGUACAAUGAUAAACGCUUCAAAGGGAUUUGGAUUAUUAAAGAUCCGAUGAAGAAACCUGAUAUUUGCGUAUUCUACGCUCAUGGCGGUGGCUUCUCAAUGGGCUCGGCGUACUUCUACCUUGAAUUUCUGCUCGCAUGGUUAAACUUGCUAGGCAACAGCGGGUAUCAAAAUCCGGCUAUCUUCGCUUUGGAUUAUACCUUGGUCCCCGAUGCAAGCUUUCCGACGCAGUUAGAGGAAGCAAUAGCUGCCUAUGAGCAUGUGCUCUCGGCCGUUCGGGAUCCCGACAAGAUUUGUGUCAGCGGAGACUCUGCAGGAGCCACUAUAGUGCUCAGUCUGCUCCUCCACCUCGCCAAUAUAAGUUGCCAUCUCGAAAAGAUGGGCAGUACCGGAGCCUGGCGCCUGGCAAAACCCGGGAUGGCUGUACUCAUUUCGCCAUGGGUGACGCUGGUCUCCAGCAAGCAUCAAAAUACCACGAGCGACUAUCUCGAUGCCGGAAACUUGCAUCAGUAUGCUCGUCAGUACGCCGGAGAGAAUGUUUCCGUCAAUGAUUCACUCUUGUCGCCGGGAAACUGCAGGGAUAUUUCGUGGUGGAAAAGCGCAAUACCUGAGAAAGGCAUCUUCAUAGCCUACGGCGCCGAAGAGGUUUUCGCGCCUGAAAUAUCGGAUUUGAUUGGAUUCCUCGAGGAGAACGAUAUAAAAGUGCAUAGUAGGGAAGAAAAGGGAGGCAUCCACGCUUGGCCUGUAGCAUGCUUGUUUCUUAGUAGUUCACUAAGUGAUAGACAAAAAGGACUGAAAUAUUUAGUGGAGGAGAUUCGCGAUAAUAUCGAUUAAAUUGAAAUCAUGGUAUCCAAUAGAUGAGACGGCCGCCACUUGGCGUA